CCAUCUCAUUCCUUUGAUUUUGUUUUACCUUUCACCUCCAUGUAUACAAACCAAAAAGAAAACCCUAAAAAGGGAUCUCUGAUUUUCUCCUUCUCAAUCCCUAAUCCUCAACCUUUUACGAAAUCUCCUUUCCAAAUCACCGCUGUGGCAUUGGGAAGUUGCUAUUCUAGUCAAAUCUUUGCUCAACACGUUCUUGUCAGUCUCAAAACCCUGAGAUUUGUCAUCUUUGAAGGCCAGGUCGUUGUCGAAGCCAUUCAGCUAUGGUUCGGGUAUACGAGAUUAAAGGUAAUUUGUUGGAAUUUUAAGGUGACUACUCUGUCACAGAGCCCUUUUGCUCAGAUUCACUGUUUUGGCUUUAGCGUGUGGGUUUUUCAAUUCAUUGUUCAGAAUUGGGCUUCAGGGAUUUCGGGGGAGAUUGUUCCAAUUUUCUUAGCCUAUUUCAUAUGCCAAUCUCAGAAUCAUAGUCUGGUUUUGUUGAUCUAUAAAUUGGCAGUAACUGCGUUCCCAUAAAAUAAUGUUCUUAUCUGGGCUAUAGUUCUAUUGAUUAUGAUAAGAUUUGAAUUGUAGCUAUUUCCGGUGACGCCCAGGGUUAUACGUCUGACCUUUUGAAGGAUAGUUUUGUUUUUGUUGAAGUUGGAGGGUUAAUUCUGAGGUUUCAGGAGGUUUUUGUUAUGAUAUUGGAAGGAUUUUGAGCGGGGGCUUUCAAAGGAGAACUAAGAUUUACGUUUGUGUUUCCUUUUCUUGUUAUGUUAUCCGGGGAAAUAGAAAAAUAUUGCAAUG